AUGCAGCCGCAGUCUGAGAAGCCCAAGCGGGCUCCACGGAAGCAUGUCACCACCGCUUGUGUUCCUUGUCGGGAGAGCAAGAUCAGGUGCGACGGUGCCACCCCGAACUGCCACAACUGCGAGAAGAAGGGAAAGGAUUGUAAAUACCAACACGGUGAUGAUAAGCGGAACGCAGGAUCAAACUGCUGGUCAAUUUGUUUAUCCGCGCAGCCAAACAAGGCUGACCGUAUCCUUGCCAGAGUGUCUCUCCGCGCUGCGACGGAGCUAUUUUCCGCAAGAAUAGACCAAUUAUGCCAGUUCAUCUACGAUCAUGGUCUGGAACCGCCCCCGAUGAAACCCGAAGAUGAGGCGGGCAUGAACAGGGUUCUGGAUACCCUCCAAAUCCCUCGAGGGCUGGCGAAAAGGAGGGAUUCUGUGGCAUCUGGUGGGAACAGUGCGCAGCCCCAACCCGUUACUCAAUCCCCGGCCCACACACCAUCCCCUCUUCCUUCUUUGAGCCGUCAACUAGGCGGCACUGAGGAUGUACCCAAGGUCUCCUCUCCAUCGCACAGUGUACUUCCCAGCCAGGGUCUCAUACCGCCGGUUGAAAGAAGCCAAGUGGCUAUGAACCCUUUGGCGAUGAACCCGGGGUUGUCCGCCAAUUAUCCUUCGACGCACUGGGGUUUCACUCUCCCCACGGCAGAGAGCUUAGAUGCUCUAUAUGCCAACAUAGAUGGCGCUUCUAAUCGCUCUAAUGAAAACAGUACUAGUCCAGAUAGCCUGCAGUUCACACCAGAUAUCACCCAACAGCCGGGCGUUCUGUUGAGCCAAGCGUGGGACCGAGACAACGACUCUGAUAGUGGUGAGGAAGAUGAAGCCGAAAAAGACGUUAUCGAACAGAUUUCGCAUCGCAUCGGAACUUUGAAGAUUGCUGGAGAUGGACACCUCAGAUUUUAUGGAGCUACUUCCAAUCUGAAUCUCGUGGAUGUGUCUGCGACACAACAACGCCAACGUCCAGAUGCACGGACCGUCCGGCAUGAUGGACAGGAUAUAUUGAAUCAUCUGCGGGUAGGGCAGCCUGUUGACCAGGCCUUUGAGGAUCAUCUUGUUGAACUCUACUUCACAUGGCAAAAUCCUAGCACCUACGUGGUCGAUAAGGAUAUGUAUAUGGAUGCGAGGAUGAAAUGGAGGAACGACUUGAUUGAUACACCAUUUUAUUCGGAGGUUCUAACAAAUGCCAUGUGCGCCAUCGGGAGUGCAUUCGAAGUCCGAUAUCAUCCCACCUUUAUCACGUUUCCUAAAUCGCUUUCAGAGUUCUUUGCAGACAGAGCCAAGGCUCUUCUGGAGAUUGAACUGGAUUCACCUUGUGUUGCGACAGUCCAAGCUCUUGUUAUUCUCAGCUCUCACGAGGGUUCCUCCAAUCGCGAUGCCAGAGGUUGGCUCUAUAGCGGGAUGUCAAUGCGACUCGCAUUUGAUCUCGGGCUGCACUUGGAUACGACACCUUAUGUUCAAAAGGGCGACAUAAGUGCUCAUGAGGCCGACGUACGUAGGAUUGCAUUCUGGGGCAGCUAUACUGCGGAUCACUUUUGGGGUUUCUACCUGGGAAGGCCCUUCCGAAUGAACGCUGGGGACAUCACUAUCCCAAAGCCUGCUUCCGAUUUGGGGGCUGAAAAGGAAGGCAUGUGGCACCCUUAUGGGCUCCCAAUGAAGUCAGACCUAUUGGAGAACGGAUUGAGAAAUCCGAACGAGCUGAUCAGUCGACAAUUUGCCGUUCUUUGGGAGAUCGUAUCGCCCGUCGGCCACAUCCUCUACGGCUGUUCCGACAUUCCACGCCAUGAUCUGCAAAGGCUUUGCCACAGAGUUACAGAUGACCUUUUCGCUUGGAAAGCCAAUUUGCCGUCCAGCCUGGAUGUUGACCUCGCAAAUGACAAUGUCCCGAAACUACCUCACCUCUUAGUGCUGCACAUGCAAUACCAUCAAAUCGUCAUCUUCACCCACCGACCAUGGGUCUCGAAGAGCUACAUCCAACCGCGCAGCCCACGCCAAGGCCCCGGAUACCACCACGCUCGACGAAUGUGCGUCGAGUCGUCGAUAGCAAUUGCCCGACUCCUCCACAUCUAUGAGAAACACUACACAUUCCGGCGUAUGAACAACCAAGUCGUCGCCAUGAUUUUUAGCGCGGCUCUCAUGCUCCUUUACGUCACCAUCUCGAGUUCCCGACCAGGCGGAGACACCGCCAGCAGCAACGCAGAAAUGGUCGCCUACCUGAACCUCUGCUUCCGCGCCCUCGACGAAAUAGGCCAGUCAUUCGAAAACGCCAAACGCACCCGUGACUUCCUGGUCAGUCUGCAACGGCGCUGGCAAGCGCACAUGCGACGAUCCGGAGCUCUGAAGCGCCAAACGAGCCGUCAGCAGCUCUCUUCUCAACAGCCAACAGGACGCAUCUCAGAUGCAGAGGCAUCACGAAAGAAGUCCCGUGUUACCGCUCCGAAGAAUCAAGCCGCUGUUCCUCUAUCCUUUAACAAUACGUCUUCAAUUACAGCCCCAGGUCUUUCAUUCACCCAGCCUCAGUCUCAGUUGCAUAACAGACCAGGACAGCCAGCUUCCGACUCGACACAGCAUUUGGGCGCAUGUCACCCCGGAGAGCUGGACUGGAUCCGGGAUUCAGAUUUACAACUGCUCUCCGAGAAUCUGGGUGAUAGCAGGUUCCCUCACAUGGGGAAUACAACUACAUAUGGGGGAGACCCGACCUUGCCUAGUUUGGCUGAUAUUGAGCCGUGGUGGGAUUCGCCUAAUGGGACUACUACUUUCGGGGGUUCUUCGUUAUAA